AUGGCCGUAGCAGAACAAGACAGCUACGAUCUUGACCCGGACGGCGCCUUCCUCAAGGAUCUGCCCCCAUUGCUUAAAAGAUACACAUUUCAAGGGAAAGAGCAAUUCCACGAUAUCUUGGAAACCGAAACCGCUCGCUUUGAAGCUUCGGCUGACACAAGUGAAUUCCUCCUCUUCCAUGCAAACAAGGAGACCAUCGAGACCCUCUUUGAUCCUCUCAACGAGGACACUGAUAUUACCAAAUUUUGCUCUUCUUUCGAUUCCAACGAACGGCUUUUCCUCGUCUCUAUGCCUUUGGGUCCACAUAAUACAGCAACCGAUGAGAUGAACUUUCUGAUUCGCAAGGCGUUACGUCCAAUGGACUUAGACUCCGCUCUUCGGGAAUACCCAGGUAUAACCGUCCAAGGGGAAAGCAGGGGGAAAGUGCCUGAUUAUGGCUGGGGACCCAAGAGAAGAGCACGUGGCCCCUCGGUUACCCUCGAAAUUGCGUUCUCGGAAUCGGACUCCAAACUGGAUUCGGAUGUUCGAUUCUGGUUGAAUCCUGAUGAUGGAAAUGCCGACAUAUGCCUCACACUUCGGAUCAACAAAUCUCGGCCAGAAAUUCGGGUCGAAAAGUGGGAGCUGCAGAACAACAGAAUUCAUCGCGCCCAGGCUAUUUGGAUGACCAAAGAAAGGAACCACGCCAAAGCCAAGGUUAUUGUUACUGGUCAUCCUUUGAUAAUCCCGUUUGACGCCCUCUUCCAUCGCCAACCGGUUGAGGAAAAGGAGAAAGAUCUGGAGAUCCCAGAACAACAACUGGGAGCUCUCGCAGCGUCCAUUUGGGAAGAGCAGGGAUUGUUCCUCGGCUCCACAGAAGUCCCCGAUGUCGACACGCAUUAA